AUGCCUGACAUUGAGAUGGCCAAACUUUUUGGCAUUCCAGUCGAUGACAGAGAUAAGCAGGAGAGGGGCGAAUCUAGUUUGCCUGCUAAUGCUGAUGAAGUAGAUGGACAGUUGAUGGAACAAGCUGCGGAUGAAGUAGAUGAUGCACAUGAUGAUGAGCUGGUGCAUGUGUAUGACAAAGAAAACCCUGUCAUUGAAGUAGGCAAGUUGUUCCCAAGCAUGAAGGAGUUUAGGAUGUGUUUCAGGACUUAUGCAGUGAAACAUGAGUUUGAUGCCAAGACUGUUUGGACUCAUAGAAAGAAGUUUUAUGCGAGGUGCAGAGGAUUUGAUGGUAGUGUGAAGCCUUGCAAGUGGUACAUAUCUGCUAGACUGCAACCUGAUGGAAGUACUGUCAGGGUUAACCAAAUCCCCAAUCAACAUACUUGUAUUACAAGUUCACAGAGAGUAUCAACCAUGACAUCACAACUUUGGGUUGCAGAAAAGAUCACCCCAAUUUUAGCCAAAACACCAAACACUACUGCCAAGAAACUCAAAGUAGACUUGGAAAAGAUGUACCCCAUUAAACUAAAAUAUACCACAGUGUGGAAGGCAAAACAAAGGGCAAUGAAAAAUUUAUAUGGUGAUUGGGCAAAUACAUUUAGGAUGCUUUACAACUUCAAAGCAGAGGUGGAAAAGAGGUCACCUGGCAGUGUUGUGGAGAUAGAUACAGAGGUAUCAGCCGAAGGUGAAGUCAAGUUCUCCAAGUUUUUUAUGGCUUUGAAGCCUUGCAUCGAUGGGUUCAAAGCAGGGUGCCGUCCAUAUUUGAGCAUAGACUCAUCAUUUUUGACAGGCAAGUGGAAUGGUCAGUUGGCAGCAUGCAAUGCUCUAGAUGGACACAACUGGAUGUUUCCUAUUGCUGUUGGCUUGUUUCAGUCAGAAACAGAGGCUUCAUGGACAUGGUUCAUGAUCCAGUUGAAAGAUGCCUAG